AGAGAAAACAGCUCAUCUGCUCCCCCUCUAAGUUCACCACCCAAUAAAUUAAAAAGCCGUUUGGCUUCCCUCCCACAAUAACCACCACCAUCUCUCUUUCACUGUUGCGUAUAUCAUACGACACCUAAACACUAAGCGCGUAUAAGAAGCUGCCACUCCCUCAACAAUACAAACAUUCUUGGCCGGCCAGGGGAGGGGAGGAAACCGAAAAUGGCGACUUUUCAUCUCAGACUUUUCUUUGUGCUCUGCUCUGUUUCUUUAAUGGUCUCUGGGUCUUUAGGAAAUCUGCCAAUCGUAUCCUUUGAAGAAGGCUACUCUCAUCUCUUUGGUGACGGCAACCUGAGGGUGCUUGAAGAUGGGAUGUCCGUUCAUCUUUCUCUUGAUGAAAGAACAGGGUCGGGAUUUCUUUCUCAUGACCUUUAUAGUCACGGGUUCUUCAGCGCCUCCAUUAAACUACCUUCUGAUUACACAGCUGGGGUCGUGGUGGCGUUUUAUAUGUCAAAUGCUGAUAUGUUUGAAAAGAACCAUGAUGAGAUUGACUUUGAGUUCUUGGGAAACAUUAGAGGCAAAGACUGGAGGGUCCAAACUAAUAUCUAUGGGAAUGGGAGCACCAGCAGAGGGAGAGAAGAGAGAUAUGGCUUGUGGUUUGACCCCUCUGAGGAUUUUCAUCAAUACACUCUCCUUUGGACUCAAAAACAGAUUGUGUUUUAUGUAGAUGGUGUACCUAUAAGAGAGAUCACAAGGACAGAAGCAAUGGGUGGGGACUUUCCUUCCAAGCCAAUGUCAAUAUAUGCCACAAUAUGGGAUGGAUCUAGCUGGGCUACUUCUGGUGGAAAGUUUAAAGUAAAUUACAAAUAUGCUCCUUACACUGCAGAGCUCUCCAACUUUGUUCUUCAUGGCUGUGCAGUUGAUCCUAUAGAGCUUUCGUCGGAUAAAUGCGAAAGUGUAUCCGAAAUGCCAACCAGUAUCACACCUGAGAAAAGGGCUCAAAUGGUGAACUUCCGGAGGAAGAACGUGCAGUAUUCGUACUGCUAUGAUCGCGCUCGGUAUAAUGUACCCCCGCCAGAAUGCUCCCUUGACCCUAAAGAGGCCGAGCAGCUCAGACGCUUUGACCCAGUGAGGUUUGGUGGCGUCCGUCGCCACCGUGGCAAGCGCCACCACCGCCACAGUACCAGAGGUAGUAGGGAUGAUGGAUUGUCCUCCGUUUGAGAAGUUAUGUGGUCAUUAAUGAAUUUUUAUGGGCACCUCGGAUUUAAUUUGGAGUACAUUUAAGGCUCUUUGCAUUUGUGUAUAGUGAAUAUAAUACGGCACAUAAGAUCACAGUUUGGUUUAUGUGGGCACUAGGAAUUUUGACUUUAUUGGUCAUAAAUGGGAUGUGUACUUAUUCCUUGUAUUAGCUAUGAUUGUCGCCCCCCCGCCAGGUUAAUAUUGUUGUCAUCUUGGGUUUAUAAAUUCAAUCUUCUCCGACUCUUCCUACUAUUUAGAGCCCGUUUAGUAGCACGAAAAUCGGCUGUUUUGGCUGAUUCUGUUGAAAUUUAUGAAGUUCUGGCUGAAGUGGCUGUUUUGACUGUUUCUGCUGAUUUAAGUAAAAAUUAUUUUUAAAAUAUAUUUUAUUAAUAAAAUAAAAAACAAA